CCGUUGUGUUGAUGGCGCUGGCAAAUGAGCCGGGGGAGGUGGGCUCCACGCCGCGCACCGGCGGAUAUAAAACCCUCCGGGCCCGCGGCGGGCAGGGCUUAGGCGAGCGGCCGUGCACCGGCGGAGGAUGGAAGGCGAAGGGAUGCGCUGCGGCUGCCCCCGCCCGCCCUCGGCGGCGCUGCCCCCGCAGGGCUACUCGCCCCUCUCCUCCCGGUGUGGGGCGCGGCCGGGACCUGCCCUAACGGCCCUGCCGUCGCCCCGCAGAUCCGCGCCCUUCUGGAGGCCCUGGGUACCCGCGCCGGGAGAGGAGGGUCGGCGGAGCAACGUCACCAGCAGCGACCCGGGCGCGCCUCACAGCCCCUGCGCGCUGGCGGAAGCCUCCCGAAAGCUGGCGCAGUACACGCACCCUGUCAGACUCUUUUGGCCUAAAUCAAGGUGCUAUGAUUACUUAUACCAGGAAGCUGAAGCACUUCUGAAAAACUUUCCAGUUCAAGCUACAAUCUCCUUUUAUGAAGACUCAGAUAGUGAAGAUGAUGAUGAUGAACUAGAACAAGAUUCAAGAACAGAAUAAGAUUGCUGAUGGCAAGAAAGAGCCAAUGCAACUUCCAAGUCUUAACUUAAACUUAAUAUAAAAAUGUAUUAUAGUAUUUUUAAAGAUAAUUUAUUUGUAUGUAAGUUAUUCUUAAUAAAACUGGAAUGUCUUGUAA